AUGGAACCGACGCAAUCGGCGUCGGAGACGGAGAAGAAGGACGCGGUUGAGGAAGAAGAAGAAGAAGAACACAAAGAUUCUGAUUCCGUCGGAGAUGUAGCCGCCGGUGGUGAUGGAGACGGUUACAGCGGUGGCGAGUGUUCAUCGGAGGAUCAUUGUCUUGUUGGAAUGUUACAUAAAUGGCAGGACGGGAAGCUUCCUGUUGAUAUAACAUGUGUGAUAAGUAAUCAUGAAAGAGCUCCAAACACACAUAUUAUGCGUUUCCUCCAGAGGCAUGGCAUCUCACAGUCAAGGAUACUGAUUUUGGAGUUUGUCAAGGAUACUGAUUUUAUAGUUCUCUCUAGAUACAUGCAGGUACUGUCUGGUAACUUCUUGAAAGGUUAUGGAAAAGAUGUUAUCAACAUACAUCAUGGCCUCUUACCUUCAUUCAAGGGGAGGAGCCCCGCAAAACAUGUCAAACUAGUUAUCUUGGAUAAAUAUCUCAUUGGUUAA